AUGACAUCUUCACACCUAGGCUCAAGUGCUGAAAAACUUGCUUGCUGCACUUAAACAGCUCUUUUUAAAAAAAGAAGAUUUAAAUAAGAUUUCCCAAUGGCGGCACCUGAAAUCUGACAUUAUUGGACAUUAUUGGACGCUUGAGGAGACGUUUCAUAUCCAAAGAGAAAAGAUGGGCUGCAACUGCAGUUCGGACUAUUCAGACAGUGAGUGGAUCGAGAACUUGGAUGAAAUCUGCGAACACUGCAACUGUCCCAUACCGCCACAAUCAUGCAACCCAUACACAGAGCAGCUGAUUCCAUAUCCAUCGCAGAUGACACCUCCUACAUCACCUUUACCAGUCAACGUUGUGGUGGCCAUUUACAGCUAUGAGCCCACUCAUGACGGCGACCUUGGCUUCGACAAAGGAGACAAACUCAAGAUCCUCAACAAGGAUGAUCCAGAAUGGUAUCUGGCAGAGUCUCUCACCACAGGCCAGCAGGGCUACAUCCCCUACAACUUUGUCGCAUUGUCCACCGUGGAGACCGAACCGUGGUUCUUCAGGAACAUUUCGAGAAACGAAGCCAUGAGGCUGCUCCUCGCUCCUGGGAAUACGCAGGGUUCCUUCCUGAUUCGAGAGAGUGAGACCGCCAAAGGAUCAUACUCGUUGUCAGUGAGAGAUCUGGACCAUAACACAGGUGAAGGAGUGAAGCACUACAGGAUCCGCAACAUGGACAAUGGUGGCUUCUACAUCACAGCGAAGAUAUCCUUCAACUCGCUGAAGGAGCUCGUCCUUCAUCACUCACGUGAUGCAGACGGGCUGUGCACAAAGCUGGUGAAACCAUGUCAGUCUAGGGCACCGCAGAAGCCCUGGUGGCAGGACGAGUGGGAGAUUCCUCGUGAGUCUCUGAAACUGGAACGCAGGCUCGGAGCUGGGCAGUUUGGAGAAGUCUGGAUGGGUGUCUACAACAACGACAGGAAAGUGGCAAUCAAGAAUCUGAAAAUGGGCACUAUGUCAGUGGAAGCUUUCUUGGCAGAAGCCAACAUGAUGAAGAACCUGCAGCAUCCUCGCCUCGUCCGCCUCUUCGCUGUGGUUACCCAGGAGCCGAUCUAUAUUGUCACCGAGUACAUGGAAAAUGGUAGCCUGGUGGAUUACCUGAAAACAACAGAGGGGAGCAAUUUGCCCAUGAACGUCCUGAUAGAGAUGUCAUCUCAGGUGGCUGACGGCAUGGCAUUUAUUGAGCAGAAAAAUUACAUUCAUCGAGAUCUGCGAGCUGCCAAUAUUCUUGUCUCUCAUGAGCUCAUCUGCAAGGUUGCCGACUUUGGACUCGCACGACUCAUAGAGGACAACGAAUACACAGCGAGAGAGGGUGCAAAGUUCCCCAUCAAAUGGACGGCCCCUGAAGCUAUUAAUUAUGGCACCUUCUCCAUAAAAUCUGAUGUGUGGUCAUUUGGGAUCCUCCUUACAGAAAUAGUGACAUAUGGACGCAUUCCUUACCCUGGUAUGUCCAACCCAGAGGUAAUCCAGAACCUGGAGCGGAGCUACAGAAUGCCACAGCCUGACAACUGCUCCGAUGCUCUUUAUAGCAUCAUGUGUCACUGCUGGAAGGAGAAUCCGGAGGAGAGACCUACGUUCGAGUACCUGAGGAAUGUUCUGGAGGAUUUCUUCACAUCCACAGAGAGGCAAUACCAGGAAUAGCUAGGAAUAGACACAUACAAUAAACAGAUUCAAACUAAGGCACAGCCUGUGACAGUGGAUGCUGGAUUUUGAUUUUUUUCUUUAGAAGAAUGCAUGCCUUUCUACUGAUAGGGAUAAACAGACAUUUUCCAAGUUUCUGCAUCAAAUAUAUUCUGACAUGACCACUUAGAUAUGAUACUAUUACCUAUGGAACUAUGAAUAUGAACCAGCUGGAUCAGAGCCAGCAGCAGAGGGGAGCGUGAUCGCCAAGCUGCUUGAAUUAACUGGGGACUGACUGAUGUAGCUGGAUAACCAGCUGCUCUCCUGGUGCUUGUUGUUAACGUGUAAAUACUGUUCACUGCUUCAGCUGUGUUUUACCUCUGCUGUUUAAUAAAUGUUUUUGAAAGUGUUUUAAUUUCAGUAAAAAAAGAGAAGCUGUUCAUGAAUGUUGUUUGUUACCAGAUGACAUGUGCAUUAUUUUAGUUUAUCAUUGCUGAUGUUGCAGUGCGUUACCCUAAAAUCAUGAGAGCCGUCAAACUAUUGCUAUUGCUCGAGUACUGUAAGUUUUGGGGUAACUUCUGAAUCUUCCAUUGAUCUUGGGUUCUUUAAACUUGUACUGCAUUUCGUUUUAAAGGCAAAUAAUAUUUUUACAAUGCUGUAUUUAUUUUAGGGGCAGCGCUACUUGCUUAUUGUAGGAUUUUAUUUACAUAACACAGACGUUUAUAUUUGAGAAAUUUGCCUCUGAUUAAAUAUGGAGAAAGCAGCUGCAUCAUUAAAAUGCUGUUUACAACACA